AAAAGCUUUCUUCCUGCAAGUACACAAGUACCUUGACUUGGCAAGUUUCCAUUAUUUUGUUUCCUCAAAAAGGAAAGUGGAAAGAAGAAGAACUUGGUAAAUAACCUUGAGUGGCUCUGCUCUCUCUUUAAUGGUGGAGACUGGAGAAAAUAUUUAGGAGACUUUUUCUUUGUUAUUCAUCACAACAUUUGCGAAUAAUGUCACGGCGUAUCAUCCGUCUCUCCAAGCUCUCUUCUCGGAACAACAAUGUUUUCAUCCAAAAGUGCGUUCGUUUUUUCUCCACCGGCCCGUACUUGACACUCGGUUGCAACACUGGAGAUGUCCUCUUGUUUGACCCGGCAAAAGAACAGAUAGUGUCUCUCCGGGGCAAAACAAUACCCAAAGAGCUCAAGGACGAAGAAAUGAUUGGAGCUUCCCAUGGAUGGGGUUUUUUCUAUGACCGGCGUGAUCUAUCCGUACGUGUCAGCGACAUAUUCAAUCCUCUGGCAUCCAAAUCAAGCCCCACCGUGAUUCAUCUGCCUCGGCUUACUGAUCUUCCCAGUGAACAAAUCGAACAAGUAUGUAACGUAGCAAUGUCGUCCCCGUCUCCUCUUGGUGAUGAAGACUGUGUAGUGGCUAUCAAGUUUUCAGGUGACCAGUUGAGUCUAUGCAGGCCCGGUCGUGACCUUGAGUGGACUAACACCUCAACCCCUUCCCACUGCUGUGAAAACUCAAAUGUCAUGUAUUCAAAAAGAUACAAGAGAUUCUACUUAUCUGCUCCUGGAGGCAUUCACUUUUUCUCCUAUCAUCUAAAUGAUGAAAACAUUGAGCACCAUAAGUUGGUCUACCGCGACCAUCCAGAGCUGGAUCAGUCUGAGUGGAAGACUUUGAGUAUGUGUUCAAGGAGGGAAUACCUUGUGGAGUCACCCUCUAGUGAUGAACGUUACCUAGUCAAAUGGUACGCUCAUGGCUCCUACUCAUCGGUGUUAAAUGGAAUUGAUUACAAAACAAAGAGGUUCAUGGUGUUUAGUGAGGAGGAGACGGCUGAAGGAAAAUUCAUGUGUUACACAGAGGAUAUUGGAGAAAUGUGCAUUUUCAUUGCAAGUAACGAGGCUUUUUGUAUCCCGGCUAGCUCAUGCCCCGGUCUGAAACCUAGCACCAUCUAUUUUAUGGGACAUGGCUUUGGUUCUUACGAUCUCACCACCGGAGACACACAUCAUUACAAAGCUCCCGGUGGUGUUAUCACCACACCUUGCUGGAUUCCUCUAGUUUCUAUCUAGUCAUACUAUUGUUGUCGCUUUUAUCUUCUCUUAACCGGUUUGGACUGCUAAGAUUUAAAACAUGGUUUUUUCAUGAUUCAGUUCGAUUUUUAAGUGAAACCAUCAUGUACCAAAUAUUGAAUAUAGGACGCUUUGAAUCUGACAAUCCGUAUGGUUAUUA